UUACAACCCAGCAACAAAAACUAGAACACCGUUAAACCUCUGGGAAGCGAAGGAAAAAGAAAUUCAUAUACAGAACUUCCUGCUUCCUCCUGCGAGGAUCAGUCUGCAGAGUGUCGACGCCUGUCCCUUCAUAUUUCAGAAUGCCCAAGCCCACAGCACCAAAAUGGAACUUGGGAAAACCGCUGGCGCUCAUAUUCGCAGCUGCUGUGAUUUUUGCGCUGGUUUCUCUACGCGGACAAUCUCGGGAGAAUAAGAAUAAACGUCCCGGAUACAGAGAGAAAACCGGGCCAAUUAUCCGCAAUACGAAGGCUGAGACGAAGCAUCCGAUUGAUGGUCAAGCACUAAUAACGUACAUCCGGCAACGCCUCAUACGCCCGCCAGCGACGGCACCAUACAACCUCACGCAUCCGGAGAAAUCUCAUUUCACCCAUUACUCUCACCAAAGUCAAAAUGCUUAUGGCAUCUUUAAUGCAAAGUCUAAAGGCGUGUUCGUGGAGGCCCGCGCUCGGGACGGGGAGGAGAGAAGCCACACCUUGUUCUUCGAAAAACAUCUCUCCUGGACCGGAAUCCUCAUCGAGCCUGACCCUUCGCUCUUCGAGACUAUAAUAUCUAAGAAUCGCCGGGCCUUCGCUGUUCAUGCUGCUCUCGCAACGUCUGACAGUAGUGUUACGUCCAGGUUAACGAACAACAGUGUUCCGGGCCAACCAGUCUCCAGCGUUCCCCUUUUCUCUGUCUUGCAAGCCCUUAACACAACGCGCAUCGACUUCCUUUCACUCGAUGUGGAGGGCGCGGAGCUACAGGUUCUGCAGACGAUCCCAUGGGACAGAGUGAAGAUUCGCCUGAUGUGCGUGAAAGCAAGUCGUGUUCCAGGCGGACCUACGUUUCUUACGCAGUACAUGGAAGAGCAAGGCUAUGCUUCUCUUGGUCUGACGGAGAAUGAUAUGUGGUUUGCCUUUCUGUGAAGGCGUAACACUCGUGACGGUUGUAUUCAUGUUCUUUCCAUACAUUUUGUCUUCCCUUUUGUAGUAGAAAAUUGGUUUUGUUAUG